GUCGUCACAUACCCGGAAGUUGUUUUUGUUAAUUUGCCGGUUUCUCGUUGCAUCGCGUCCCAUGUUAGCGCUCUGUUCAGCACGAACGAGAGAUGAUGCUGCUAGUGUUGGGAGCCCUCCUCCUGCUCUUCUGCACUCUGGAUGUGUGGUACUUCCUCCGGGGGGCCCAGGUGUUUGUCCAGGCUUGGUUCCAACCCAGAAUAUUGGACAUUCUAGCUGAACAAAGUAUAGAUGGCAUGGUCCUUCCCCAUGAUUUAGACUACAUGGGCCACAUGAACAACUCUCGAUACCUGAGGGAGUGUGACUUUGCUCGUUUCCAUCAUUACAUGCGAAAUGGGCUUUUCUUAGCCUCAUGCAAAUUAGGGGCCAAAAUGGUGGUAGGGGCCUCUACCAUCCGGUACCGGCGCUCUUUAGCCUUUCGUGAAGCUUUUGAGAUUCGGACCAAGGUAGUUGGAUGGGAUGAGAAGGCAUUCUACUUGGAACAGCGCUUCGUGUCCAAGAAGGAUGGUUUUGUGUCUGCAAUUAUGCUCUGCAGGCAGAAUGUGGUGCACUGCAGCCCAGAGAGGAUCAUUGAAUUCGUAUGCAAGAAGAAGAUUGAGUGUCCUGAGUUUCCUGAAGACCUUAAACACUGGAUGAGCUUCAUUUCCACAAGCAGCCAGGCACUUAGAGCAGAAAGUGGACUGGAGCAGAAGAACAAGUGAAGAUACAAUGAAAUAGAUGAGUGUAGACACAUAUCAUUUGCAUUGCACACACAGACGUACAUUCAUACAUACCUGCACAUAGACAGGUACACCUCCAUAAAGCGUUUUAGUUGACUUACAAGAUUCCACAUCUGGUCACUUGAUCCUACCUGCUGUAUUUUUGUAUGAGCUGAAAUAACGAACUUGUACUGUAACCACUGAAUAUUAAGACUUGAAUUGUAUGGGGUUAAGAUGCAUUCGCAUUGGGGCCAUGUUGAAAUUUGGUUUCAGAAGAAAGCGGAAGAAACGCGUAGCUUAUUCAGUAGUUGACUGUGAAGGCUUUGACAUGUUCAUUUUCAUUUAGCAAAACUUCAGAUAAGCAUGUCAAGUAAAAGUUACUCCUCCACUGACAUGGAUGCAUGUUUUGAGACCACCAGAAUAUUUUUGUGCCUGUUUCUCUUGAUUAGCUGUAGUUUCUAGUUGCAAUUUCAGUGAAUUGUAACUUUUUAUGAAAAAAUUACAGUAAAUGUUAUAAAAUACUGUACCAUAUAUACUAUAUUAUUAAUUAGCUUUAAUUUACUAUUAGCAUUUUGCACAAGAUGAUCCAAGGGAGUGAACAAGUUCCUUUUUAAAAUCUUAAUCUUAAAGGGAUUAAAUGUUUUGAGGGAUCCUUCUAUCAGUACUGUAUUGUUCUGAUAUUGAAUUUACGAUACAUGCAUUUGAAUGACAAGUAGCUUGAUUGGAAUUGCAUGUUGUUUCAAGUGAAAUUUCUCAAAUCCAGAUUUGACAGGUAACUUUGGUAUGAGGUUGCUCGGAACGUUUGAAAACAUGCACAAUAAACACUGAAUGUUUGGGUUUCUAUUAAGGCAGCCUUUUGAAAUCCUUUGGCUUUAAAUGUGUCUAAGCUUUAGUUUGUGACCAAUUUAAUGUGAGGAGAAAGACGCACUGUAGGUCUAACUUGUUAUGUUGUUAAUGCACUGACCUGAUCUUUUUCAUUCCUUUUAAUAUUGUUGUCCUUUAUGUUCUAAACAUAAUUUAUUGGAAUGGUUUAACGUACCAAAUGUUAUUUAUUGUGUUUAUCUAUUUAAUGCUAUUUUAAAUAAAAAUGCAGUGGAAAUUCUA